AUGUUCCAGUCGGACGAGCGGGUGGAGAAGGCGUGGGUGAAAAAGCGCAAGGCGAUCGUGGCCAUCGCCCUCAAGGCGGGCUUGGUCGCGGUGUGCACCGCCCUCGGCGCGCCGAUCGAGUACCACGCACCGGCCGAGCCCUCAAAGCAGCUGGUUGACGAGUACCACGCAAAGCUGCUCGACGGCUACACGCUCCUCUUCGAGCAGCACAAGGCCGCGUUCGGCUGGGGCCAAAAGGAGCUCAAGUUUGUGUAG